AUGUGCCUAAUCUACCAGAUCCACUACAUCUACCACCCUCACUACAACUACCAUUACCACCACAUUUACCACACCCGCCUAAUCUACCACACCCACCACAUCUACCACACCCACAUCUACCACACCCACUACAUCUACCACAACCGCGACAUCAACCACACCCACAUCUACCACAUCUACCACACCCACCACAUCUACCACACACACUACAUCUACCACACACACUACAUCUACCACACACACUACAUCAACCACACCCACAUCUACCACAUCUACCACACCCACCACAUCUACCACACACACUACAUCAACCACACCUACCACACCCGCGACAUCAACCACACGCACCCCAUCAACCACACCCGGGACAUCUACCACACCCGCGACAUCUACCACGCCCGCUUCACCUACCACACCCGCGACAUCUACCACGCCCGCUUCAUCUACCACACCCGCGACAACUACCACAUCGACUAUAUCUACCAGACCCACUUCAUCUACAACACCCAUCACAUAUACCACUCCCGUGGAUGUAGGAGGUGUGAUGACUGUGGUGGGGGUGUUGAGUGUGGUAUGUAUUAG